GAGGUUUUAGGCUAACAACUUACCCUGAUCCUCGUCCUCCACCUCCUAGUUGGAACGCUAAGCAUGGCAGCAUCGUUCACAUUGGUUUGAUCUCAAAUCAUAGCAAACACAUUAUUUUGUUUGCUUCGCUUUAUCCUCCAUCCAAGCAUCAAUCGAUGAGAGUCACCGCCAUAACCCCAAAGCAGCAAGCAAUCCUUGAAUUUGAUUUGAUGAUCCGAACCUGGUAUGUCGCCGGCGUUGCUAGACUCCAGAGCUCCUGCACACACCUUUUACGUCCUCAAUGAAGGUCACUCCCUGAAAAACCCUAAUUCUGAAGGUCAGUUCUCUGCCCCUUCUCUACCAUUCAUUCUUUCUGGUUUCUCUUCAAACAAUCAAUCCCACACCAUGAAUUCAUCAAAUUCAAAUAACGGGUCUUCUCGGUUUCCGAAUUCUAACCGAAUCCAUCCCAAUUUUGGCUUCAAUUCGCCCGGAUUGCCAUCCGGAAAACCCGCAGUUGGUUCAGCUUCGGGUCUGUCGAAGCCACGUCUGAACAAGAUGAGGAAACAAACGGCUCCUCCUCAUCUUUCCAGGUCGACGCCGGCAUCGGAAACCCGUAACGUUGAUCCGGGUUUCAAUCCUUUUCGCCCUGUCCCACUCCCCGGUGUGGGCAGUUCGAUUUCAGGGGAAUUUAACUUUGGGAGGGUUGAUGAUGCGGCAUUUGUGUUUGGGGCGAAUCGGAGAGAUUCGAGCUCAAAUUUGAAUUAUGGGAUGGGAAAUUCUAUUGGAGAUGUAGUUCUUGAUGACUUGAGGAAAUUGAAAAUUGCUGGUGAAAAGGAAUAUGGAAGUAGCAGUAAUCCUGUAUUUAAUUCCCACAUAAGCGGUAUUGAUGAAAGUAUGGUUUCAAAACUCCCAUAUGAGAUGAGGAAGUUGAACAUUGAAGGUUCAGGGACUAUUGAAAGUUCUAGCAAUGCUAAGGGUGUUGAUUCCAUCUCCAAUCCGAAGAAUAAGACUCACUUUAGCUUUGCAGGUGGGAAUGUAGUAUCAGAACUCCCAAAUGAAUUGAAGAAAAUGUACAUUAAAGACUCUGGGGAGUUUGAUGGAGGUGGUCUUAUUUAUAAUGCUGACAAUAUGGAAGGGUUUGCAUUUGGAGGAACUGCUGUUGAUUCUUUGGGCGAAAGCUCAGAGUUUACACUUCCCUCUAAGAUGAAGAAUUUGAACAUUGAGGACUCUUAUAAUACUGGCAUUGGUGAGGAGAAACAUGUUAAUGUUAAUUCCAACGAUAAGGGCAGCUUUGCUUUUGGAACCAGUAUAAGCAAUUGUGGUAGUUUGGGUGGAAGAACUGAAAAUAUGAUUUCAGAUGAAAUAGGGAAGUUGAAAAUUGGAAGCAGGGGGGAAGAAGCAUCUUUUGGCUUAAAUCAGAAAUUAGAAUUCACUGCAAAGAGGGACACUAGGCCAAAGAAAAAGAAAGGGAAGUUAAGGAAACCCGUCCCAUCUCAACUGUGGUUUGGGCAAGAUUUUAAUUCAAGGGAAAACAGUUCACAAGAAAUUCCAGAGUCUUCCGAGACAUAUUCACCUAUGGAUGUCUCACCAUAUCUGGAAGUAUUAGCUGAUAAUAAAUAUUCAAGAGAAAAUUCUGUGACAUCAGAGGAGUCCUUCCAUCUUGACGAAAACUAUGUUUCAGGUGAUACACUUCCAACUGUUUCACAUGACACAACAGAUGCAGAUUUGAUUGAUGCAACACAGCGCUUGGAUAUUAGUGAAGCUGAUGCAAAAUACACAGAAACGAAAAGGCAAGACUCUGAGUAUAAUUUUAAUAGGGAUGGUUGUGCUGAAGGACAUACAGAAGAAUCUGUUUCUGAGGCAGAGACUGAAAGCUUUAAGUCUGCAACUGAACACUUAGACUGUAUAUCUGAUACCUCUGCAGAAACUGAGAUGAGUUCCAGUCCGAAUAUUAGGAGGCAAUUUUGUUUUUCUUCAAGUUCAGAGGACACUGGCAGGAUCAACUUCAGCUUUGCUGCGUCUUCAUCUGCUCAAGGUCAAUUAUCAACAGCAACACGCCAGCACAAGAAGAAAAAUCGGAUUAAAGUUGCUCAUGAUUCAUAUAAUUCUCCAAACACAAAAAGUACAUACCCAUCAUCCUCUAUGCAGUUCAUUCCACAUUCUAGAACUUCUUUGCUUUUGUCCCCUAGGAAGGGUCAAGAGGAUGAUGCAUCCACUAUAUUAGGCAGAGGCCGGAACAAGUCUAAUGCAAUUAAAGAACUUGAGAUCAAUCCAGAAGCUAUCUUGACUCCUGCUGCAAGUGUGGCAGCUCAAGAAGCCUGUGAAAAGUGGCGACUAAGGGGAAACCAAGCAUAUGCAAAUGGGGAUCUGUCCAGAGCUGAAGAUUACUACACACAAGGGGUGAAGUGUGUUUCUCAAAGUGAGACAUCCAGAGGCUGUCUUAGGGCUUUGAUGCUGUGCUAUAGCAACCGUGCAGCAACAAGGAUGUCUCUUGGGAGAAUAAGAGCAGCACUAGGGGACUGUAUGAUGGCUGCUGCAAUAGAUCCCAACUUUCUCAAGGUGCAAGUAAGGGCUGCCAAUUGUUACCUUGCGCUUGGUGAAUUUGAAGAUGCAUCUCUACAUUUCAAGAAAUGCUUGCAGUCAGGUAGCGACAUCAGUGUGGACCAAAAGCUAUUAGUAGAAGCUUCUGAGGGCCUACUGAAGGCACAGAAAGUGUCUGAGUGCAUGAGUCGAUCUGCUGAUCUUUUGAAACGAAGAACAUCCACUGAUGCAGAAAAUGCUUUGGAAAUAAUUGCUGAGGCUUUAAUAAUAAGCUCUCACUCAGAAAAACUACAGGAGAUGAAAGCAGUGGUUCUUCUCAUGCUGGGAAAAUAUGAAGAGGUUAUUCAGUUGUGCGAGCAGACGCUUCGUUCUGUUGAGAUAGACUCUCCUGCAUCAGGUGCUGAUGGCCACUUGGCACAUCUGGAUGGUUCAGACUCCCAAGAAAACUCUUCCUUCAGGCUUUGGCGGUGGCGCCUGAUUGUCAAGUCUUAUUUUCAUUUAGGGAGGCUUGAGGAUGCUCUUGCUUUUCUGGAGAAGCAAGUGGAAUUAGAGCCUGUCUUGAAAAAGUUUGGAAGCAAGUCUCUUGAAGCAGCAAUUCCAUUAGUUGGCACCAUACGUGAGCUAUUACACCAUAAGGCUGCAGGGAAUGAGGCAUUUCAAUCAGGAAGGCAUGCAGAAGCUGUUGAACACUACACUGCUGCUUUAUUAUGUAAUAUCCAGUCACGUCCUUUUGCAGCUAUUUGUUUUUGCAAUCGUGCUGCUGCAUACCAAGCUCUUGGCCAAACCACCGAUGCCAUUGCAGACUGCUGUCUAGCUAUAGCCCUUGAUGGAAAUUAUCUCAAGGCAAUUUCUAGAAGAGCCACUUUAUUUGAGAUGAUUCGAGAUUAUGGACAAGCAGCUAUUGAUCUUCAAAGACUUAUAUCUCUUAUCACAAAGCGAGCAGAGAAGGUGAACCAAUCUGGAGCAUCUGAUAGAAUGACCUGUGUGAAUGACCUAAAACAAGCUCAAUCACGGCUUUCUGUAUUGGAAGAAGAAGUGAAAAAGGAAAUCCCCUUGAAUAUGUAUCUCAUCUUGGGAGUUGAACCAUCUGUUACGGUAUCAGAAAUUAAGAAGGCCUACAAGAAAGCUGCUCUCAGACAUCAUCCUGACAAGGCUGGUCAAUUUUUGGCAAGAAGUGAGAAUGGAGAUGCUGAGCUUUGGAAGGAAGUAGCAGAAGAGGCUCACAAAGAUGCUGACAGGCUUUUCAAAAUGAUUGGAGAGGCCUACGCAGUACUCUCAGACCCUACCAAGCGGUCACGUUAUGACCUUGAAGAAGAAAUAAGGAAUAAUGCCCAGAAGAGAGGUAGUGGAAGCAGCAUGUCAAGAACACAUACAGAUGUCCAGAAUUAUCCAUUUGAGAGAAGCGGCAACAGGCGGCAAUGGCAAGAAGUAUGGAGAUCGUAUGGGAACUCAUAGUUUGGAGGGUCAGAAACAACUUGAUUAAACAUGUAUUCAAGCAGACUGUUUGUGAAGUUGAUUAUUGAAAUCUUGAGAUUUCAAAUGAAGCUCAAAAUAGGAAGGCCUACUGUGAUGCUUCCCUAAGCAAAAGGAAAUUGCACGGUAUGCUGCAUUCACUCUGUAGUUUCAGCAUGAAGCUCCAGCAUCGGCGCAAUCACUCCAGCCACUAUCGUAGAAAGAGUGGCGUAUGUGCAUAUGUAGGUUCCAUGGAUGAAGCUUGGAGAGGAAUUUAGUAAUCUUAACGAUUGCAAUGGUUUUGGGCGAGAAAUUAAAAUAUUGUUUUAUCUUAUAAUAGGUUAGUAGUUUGUGAGGAAGUUAAGUAAAGAAAUUUGAUAUUCUUGAGGACUUGAAACAAAAGAAAAAAAAAAAAAUUACUCUAUUUAAUGUUCAGAAAAGCUUAGAGAGAGAGAGAGAGAGAGAGAGAGAGAGAGAUGUGUACUGACAAUGUCUACAGAUGUGAUGAAAGAUAUGGAUGCAAACCAAGAAUGAUAUAUGGCCCCGGCAGUUUACGAGUGUUGGCUGGGACAAUGCUGACUGAUGAUACAAAAAGAAGUAGCAGUGGGUUUCUUGGAGGACAGGUAGGACUCCGUCAAAUCGUGUGUUGUAUCUCUUUGUUUUGCUGUAAGUUUGGCACAUAAGAGUUUUUACUGUACAGAACACUGUUUGUUGUGUUAAUAUGGAAGUGUAGGCGUUCAAUUUCACAUAAAUUUCAAAGUUCGACAGUAAGCUCUCUUUGUUCUCAAGUUAUUUGCCCUUAUUAUGAUUUGUAUUCAUUUAGGCAGCAUCUUGAUGCUGUUAACUUUUCCAUUGACAUUGGUGAGUUUUUUUUAUUACAAUUCUAGCGUCCAUUGGUUUGUUUUUCCUUCCAA